AACAAUUGGAAGAAAGGAAAAAAAAAAAAAAUCUCGACUUUUUUCUUCUCUCUUCGAAAAGGUUCGAUAUUGGGCGCCAUCUGGACGCUCUCGCUCUCGUUGAGCGUCUCCCUCAGAGCCACAGCUCCUCCAAUUCUACAGCUCAAUCCCAUUCAAUUGCAAUUUUUGUUUUUUUAGGGCCCUUUUAGGUUAAUUCUUUGCCAGCUCGAAUAUCUAGGGUUUUCGAGUUGAUCGGACUGGUGUUUGGUGUUCGAGAAGUGAGCGUUGGCGAAAUGGGAUUCGGUUUCAGUCUCAAAUUAUAGUCUCGAGUGGAAAAAUUCCGGGUGGGACAUGGGAUGCCUGGUAUCCAUACCAAGAGAUGGGGGAGGGAUCAGAAGAAGACCUGGGACUGUUGGAGAGUUGGCUGUUUUUGUACCGGGCCUGCGAAUUCCUAGAAGUGUGGACUUCUCUCAGCCAUUGGGUAAUAGCUUGUCAAGAAAUUUAGUGGAGCGCCUCUCUUCCAUGAGGACUAGAAUAGUUGUAAUGGCCGCUCAAGAAGCACCGGUAGCUAUAAAACCAAGGAGGAAAACAGCUACUCAACAUGGAGGUUCGACAUUAGCUGAUCUUAUGCAAGCUCUAGAAGAUUACUUACCACUUCUACUAGGAUUGGUUAAGGAUGGAAGUGAACUAAUAGACAAGGUGCAGUUUGUCUGGGUUAAUCAAGAGGAUGAGGCAGAGGAAACAGGCAUAGCAAAUGCUUGGUAUGAGGUGCUUUCAGUUCUACACCUGAUGGCUAUGCUAUGUUUGUCUGAGGCCAAUUCAUUCCUUCUUCCUAAAAUGUCGAGCGAUGGUUAUCAGCCAAGGAUAGUCGAAGAGAGUAGACGUGCUGCAAUUGAUGCUUUAUUAAAAGCAGCAGGAUAUUUGGAUUGUGCAACUCAGCAUGUUCUUCCACAAAUCCCUUCCGCAAUCAGGCAAGUUCUCCCAGUGGAUUUAUCUGAAGGAAAGCUGCGAGCUUUUUGCAUGCAGGCAUUGGGUCAGGGUAUUGAUAUUCAACUUGGGAUGGCUAUUGACAGUCCGAAGGCCACAUUAGCAGUGAAGCGAAGAUUGGCAUGUGAGAUGGGUAAAUGCUGGCAUCAGGCACAAGAUAGCGUUUCACAGCUUGCUAUUUCUAAUGGCUGGGCAGAAAAACAUCGAGCUUUUAUUAAAUGGAAAUAUGUAGAAGCAAAGGCUGCUGCAUAUUACUACCAUGGCAUGAUCCUUGACGAGGGGAAUACAGAGAAAUCCCAUGGGAUGGCUGUUGCAGCAUUACAAGCAGCAGAGGAGUUUCUCAAAGAAAGCAAAAAAGCCUGUGAAGCUUUCAACUCGAUGCCUCCUACAUCGAGGAAUCCACCUCUCUGGGGAUCUAUGAAGUAUCUUUCUGAGAAGAUCCCCAAAGAUGCUUCAAGCAAGGUUCGCAUCAACCGGGACCUCUACAGUCAUGAACGGAUAAUAGAGAAAGCACCGACUUUGCCGGAUUUCGCUAUAGCUCUUAAACCUGAUGACUAUCAGCUUCCAGCGUUGGAUCCUUCAUGGACUUCGGAGUAAAAUCGAAGUGUACAAAGCUCGGAGAUAAACGGGGCGAAAAUCUCACCCCCUGCAUAGUUGCAAGUAUGAAAUAUCUGGCCGUCGUCUUUACAAAGAGUGUGCAAUAGUUUGAUGUGAAUUUAUCUUUUCCCCCUCCCUUAAUCAUCCAUUUGCUUUUUCUUGUUCUUGGUUGUGGGCGAGCUUUGUUGUGGACUAGAUUUUCAGUGUAUAAACGAACAAGGUCUAUCAAACAAACAAUUGUCUCGGUCAAUCAAAGGAAUAGCAUUCUCCCACGGGGGCAAAAAAAAAAAAAAA